CCCGCCAGGUUGCUCCGCCUAUAGGACUCCGCUCCUUUGAGCUCCCCUCCCCUCGCAUCGCAUCGCAUCGAUCCUCCCAUCUGCGCACCCGCAAGCCUAUUCGCCGCACCUCCUCAGGUGACCGGGAAGAUGAUGCCGUUGAGCCAAACCGACUUCUCGCCGUCGCAGUUCACCUCCUCCCAGAAUGCCGCCGCCGACUCCACCACGCCUUCCAAGAUGCGCGGCGCGUCCAGCACCAUGCCGCUCACCGUGAAGCAGGUCGUCGACGCGCAGCAGUCUGGCACGGGCGAGAAGGGCGCUCCGUUCAUCGUCAAUGGCGUCGAGAUGGCUAACGUACCGAUAAUCCUCUUGUUCGUCCUUUGGUCCGUUGAUAUGCAGAUGUUCUCGGCGUUAAUUCAUCUGCCGCGGUUCCCUUUUCAGAUUCGACUUGUGGGGAUGGUCAAUGCCAAGGUGGAGCGGACGACCGAUGUGACCUUCACGCUCGACGAUGGCACCGGCCGCCUCGAUUUCAUCAGAUGUACCUUUUCUGUAGGAAAGUCACCAUGCUUUUGUGCGGAUGUACAUUGGUUAUCAAGGAAUGGUAUGUACAUUGCGGUCAUUGGAAGCCUCAAGGGACUGCAAGAGAGGAAGCGUGCUACUGCUUUCUCAAUCAGGCCUAUAACCGAUUUCAAUGAGGUUACGCUGCAUUUCAUUCAGUGUGUUCGGAUGCAUAUAGAGAACACUGAAUUAAAGGCUGGCAGUCCUGCACGAAUCAAUUCUUCUAUGGGAGUGUCAUUCUCAAAUGGAUUCAGUGAAUCAAGCACACCGACAUCUUUGAAAUCCAGUCCCGCACCGGUGACCAGCGGGUCAUCCGAUACUGAUCUGCACACGCAGGUCCUGAAUUUUUUUAAUGAACCAGCGAACCUCGAGAGUGAGCAUGGGGUGCACGUUGAUGAAGUACUCAAGCGGUUCAAACUUUUGCCGAAGAAGCAGAUCACGGAUGCUAUUGAUUACAAUAUGGACUCGGGGCGUCUUUACUCAACAAUUGAUGAAUUCCACUACAAGGCAACUUAACCGAUUUGAAGGUCAGCCUGCUGGAAAUGGCAGAGGACUAAGUAUCACUUGUACUAAACCAAAGUCUGGAAAUGUCAUGUUGUGUCAUGAAAUGCAUGGUUGGUUUAUGGAAACAUUUAUAUCUUGUAUCAACUAGUUGAUUUGUAUCUCUUGUGUCAACUUAAUGACUGAGCCAACAAAAGGAAGAUGUAGAGGCAGACAGACAUUUGUAGAUUGGCUGAUAGCUGAUUCGGGUAGCUGGUCCAAUUGCAAUCUGGGGCCCAAUAAUUCAGAUGCAAAAGCAGAAAGAUAUUUCACUGUCGUUUCUUUUGAUGCAAAAGAAAUUAAAUUAUAAGGAAAUGAAGACUGUUCCAUUAUUUCCCAUUA